GGUGAAUUUUAUACCACCCCCACUUCAAAACUUGUAUCUUGCUUCUUCUUCUUUCUCAUUGGAAGGCUUACUAUGAAGAUAAGUCCAUCUCUCUUAAUGCCACUAGGCCCACUAGUGGGACGAUAGUUGUCAUUGGACUCAUUGGCAUUGGCGCUAGUAUCGUAUCUUAUUCUGCCGAUGUAGAAUAAACGUCUAAUGAAAGGUGUUGGUGUGUUUUUAAGCGUCUCAUAGUGGUAUCCAUUUGCUGAGGAAGAUAACUUGUUAUAUAUUAUGUAGUUUCUCGAUCUACCUGAAACUAAAAAUCUGCGCUUUAUUCGGUCUAAGAACCUGUUCAGUGAAUCCAUUGGAAGUACCCUUGAUUGAAGAAGACUAAUGAAUGAAUUGAUGGUACUAUUGGAGUAUAUCUAGAGAUGUAAUAUUGAAAAAUAUUAGAAUUUCGUUAAUUAUAUGGUGAUUAUUUGAGGAAGUUAUAACAGGUUAAGAGGUCAUAGAAUGUCCACCAAUUCAGAAGAAAGUGUUCUUUUAAAUUUCCCUGAAGAGGUGCCAGUGCCUUCACCUGAAAAUGAAAAUGAUAGUCCACAAGAGCCCUUCCAUUUAAUAACUGCUGAAAGUGAAUUAGUUGAUGACAAACAAUGUGACAUAAAAACAAUUGAAUCACAGGAUAAUGACAUUACAGAAGAUGAACAAGCAAACACAAAACGAAGUCGAGAGUUAAAAAUGUUAUUGGCUUUAUCUAAAGAGGCAAAUCUUGAUGUCAAUAUUUCUCACAAAAGAAAGAGUCUUGAUACUUUCAAGCUGAAAGAAGCAACAUUAACUCCUAAUAAGCUUUCAUAUGAAAAUGAACCGAUACUGAAAAAAAGUAAAAUUGAUAAAUUCCCCAUCACAGCAGAAAGUGAAAUCGAAAGUAUGGCUUCUCAUGGCAGUAAUCUAAUAGAUGUUUCUAAUGUAGAUAAAACAAAGAAAGAAGAUGGUGUUAUAUCUGAAGAACGAAAGCACAUGAGAGACGUUAAAGUUUUCAAGCCUAACAAGGACAUAUUUUGCUGGAGAUGUCACAGGGAAGCAGUUAAUGUUUCUUGUGAAACUUGUCCUAGAUCAUACCAUCAAAAAUGUUUGAAACAGACAAUUUCUGAUGUAGACAACUGGCCAUGUCCGGAGUGUGUAGCAAUUCUGAAAGCUGAGAGUACUCAAACUAGAUCGCCAGCAAUGAAAGGAAUGACCUUGGAACAUUUAUGUAGUCUUCUCAAGUUUGCUGUUAAAAGGAUGAUAGAAUGCAACGGGUCUGAACCCUUUCAUCAUCCUGUCAAUGACAAACUUUUCCCUGAGUAUAAGAAGUAUAUAAUACAACCCAUGAAUUUGACAUUGCUGGAGAAAAACAUCAAAGAAAAUUUAUAUGGGAGCACGCAGGCUUUCGAGGCAGAUGCUAAGUGGAUUUUACACAACAGUAUAAUUUUCAAUUCAUGUGAGUGUAUCUGCCAAUAUAUCAGACUUACAUAUCCUACAGUUAAUUCAGAUGAAAUAUUGAAUUAUAUUUUUAUUUUCUUCUCAGACCAAUCAAAGCUCACUACGAAUGCUAAAUCAAUUUUGAAGAUCUGUAAGCAGGAAAUGGCAGAGAUUGAGAAUUGUCCUUCUUGUUACUUGAAUGCAAAUACAAAGAAAUCUACGUGGUUUGUGGAGGUUUGUCCUAAACCACAUAUACUAGUUUGGGCCAAGUUGAAAGGGUUUCCAUAUUGGCCUGCCAAAGCAAUGUGCACAAAUAAUUCCAGUAUGGUUGAUGUUAGAUUUUUUGGGGCUCAUGAUAGAGCUUGGGUUCCCUCAAAAGAGUGCUUUCUAUAUUCUCGUCGCGAUCCCAAUUCAAAUAAACAAAAAAGGAACGACAUAAUUGAAUGUAUGAGGGAAGUUGAAGUGUACAUUGCAAACAUAAAAGCACUCUAUGGGGAAUUCAAUUAUGCUCCUUUCAAAAUGCAAUACGAUCCAGAGAAUGAACUCAAGCAGUUAUUGCUGUUCAUCCCUAGAUAUAGACCUAAUGCACCUCCUCCAAAAAAAAGGUUCAAAUCAGUUGAACCAAAGACAACAGUCAAGAAAGAAGAAUGUGAGGAAAAAGAGGAGAAAGAAGAAGUAGAAGGGAUUAAGGAAGUAUUAGAAGGCUAUGGUACAGAUGAUGAGACAUUGGAGAAUGAAAAAUUGGAUAGUUUCAAGAGCAAUCUGCCAGUGGAACAGGGAUGUGAUGCUGGACCAAGUGUGGAGAAGGAAGAAUCUGAUUCCUCUGAUAGCCAAGAAGAGGAUGAGGGAGAUGAUAACAUAGAACCCGAAAUAGAUGAUGAUACCCAAUUAUCUAGCAAUAUUCUUGAAGAUAAAGUUCCAAGGGGGACUGUUCGAACAAGAGGCGGUUUGAACUUAUCACCAGGUAAACUGAAAACGAUACCAAGAAGAAUUUCCGAAGAGAGCACAACCAAGAAAAGGUUGUCGCCUGAUGAACUCUCGCCUCCCAGUAAAAUAGCCCGAAGAAACAGUGAUCAGAGCAUAAAGAGCGACUCUAGCAGGCUCUCUUCCCUCUCUGACAAAAUCAACAGAGUUGAUAUAUCAGAAAACGUUGAAUUAACUCUUGGAAACACCGCAGACAGUUACAUAACUUCGAGCACCGUUGAAUUGGAAACAAGAAAGAGACCUGUACAAGUGGAGGUGGAUAACUCCGAGUUGUCCAUUUCACCUCAGAGCAAAACUAAAAUCGCCGACAGACUAAUGCAGAAAUUAUCUCCAUCUGAUGAGGAUAUUUCACAAUGCUCGGAGGAUAAUAAAGGAUCUGAAGAUAAAUUAGAGACAGAUGUUAUAUUGGAGAAGUACAGGAAUUUGGUGAAGAAGAAAAGCAUGGAAUUUUCCAAUGUGGAGGCCUCAACUUCUUUCGGAAUAACAUCUGUUGUAUCUAAAGGAGUAGAAGUAUGUGUCAGUAGCAAUGAUCUCAACGAAAGAACAGAAGAAAUUAUGGAUGUUGUCGAAUCUGAUCAAGGAAAGUCAGAGGUUCCAAAUGAAAAUGAACAAACGGAAGAAAGCAGAAAGAGUGAUGAUAACGAAAUGGAUAUAUCAUCUACGGAACAUAUAAGGACUGAUACUAAUGAAAUAGAAAUUGAAAAUAUUUUGGAACCGCAAAAGGACUUGGAAGAAACCAUGCCUGCUUUCUUAGAAGAACAGUUGGAAGAUGAUAUACCGUUGAAGUUUAUUGUUCAAGAGGAAAAAGUUACAGAAAAAGAUGAACCAGCUGAAUCAGUAUCAGUACAGGAAGAUGAAGAAAAAGAAGCGGAGAACGAUAAAGCUGAUAUAUCUCCUGAAGUGGAUUCAAGGAAUGAGAAUGAAAGUUUAAAAGUACCACAGAAUAAUUUGGAGAAAGAUGUUGAUUUACAGAAACAAAAUACAGAAAAAGACAAAAUUGAAGUUGAUGAGGGUAAGAUAUCUGAAAUUACCAUUGAACCUAUCAGUGAUAAGACAACGGUGGAAAAACUUGUACCAAAUUCCGAAAAGGCAAAGUUAACGCCCGGUAUGCAGGUUAAAAAUAAGACUACCCUCAAUGUGGAGCAAGUGAAACCUACUGCUUUGAAGUCUAAGGUUGUUGAAAAAGUUGAAACAGAACAGAAAUUGGGAGUUUCUGAUGAACCAACCACAAUUACAAAGAUAGAAGGAAAAACAAUUAUUACUUACAGUAGGAAGGAUCGUAAGUCUUCGGAAAUUAAAAGAAAAGAAUCUCCAGUUAUUGAACAGCCUACUGACUCCAACUCUAGCGAUGAUCAAGGACUCGUUCUGGAUGACACCCAAAUAGAUGAAACAAAUAUUAGAAAUAUCAUUCAUUCGUCCCUCAACAAUAUAUCGAAGGAUACAUCAAAUGCCUCAAUUGAUAAUGAGGGUAAAACGGCGAAGAGAAAAUGUUCUAAUACAAAUAUUGAAGAAAUUUCAGUAAAAAAAAUUAAAGUCAGUAAAGUCGAAAAAGAUCGCACUAAGAAGGGGUCCACUUUCAAAAUAGUGCCAAUUCAGCACAUUUUGAAUAAGAGCAUUGAUGAAAAACCCCCUGAACAUACGGUCGUGACCAGCAAUCCCAUUCUCCUCAAGAAAUUAUCCCAGCCCUCUGGAAAUCCAACUGUAGUAGAUACACCUGGUCCACAACCUCUGGACUGUGUCGAAAUCAAAAGCGAACCCGAAUCUGAUGAAGAUUCACAGGAAUCCCAGUACAUGGAAGCCAAGAGAAAAUACAUGUCCGCUCUCAACAUAUCCGAAAAGACUGAGGAAGUGAUAACCCCGAAGAAAAAUGAAAUUAGGACCAGGUCCAAAAGGGAGGAAAUGGUUAAGGGAAGGCAAAUGGAUAAUUUGAGCAAGGUCAUAGAAGAAGUAGCAACUACAUUCAGUGCCAAACAUGCGUCACAGAAGAAAAUAAUGGAGAGGAAGAAUAACAUCCAACCAGCAGUAACUGUUCAUGCCGCGGAAGAAAGGAGAAAGGUCGCAAGCCAAGAAAACGGCGAGAUUUUCGUGAAAUCGUUCGCUAAAAUGGCCCAGCAGCCGCACAGCCAACAGGUCCGCGCGCCUCAGAGGCCGCAACCGACUCAAAAACCAAAACAACCGGCCACGUCGACGAACAAGGGGUCCAUAAUCGUUCGGCGGGAAUUCACUCCAAGGCAUAACAUGGAACCCAUCCCUCAGACAACUCUGACCAAAAUCACCCCUGUUCCCGUUUCGAGUUCAAACAGUUCGAACACAGUCAGUACGCCCUCCACUUCUAACAAUAAAACGUUAGAAUCGCUGAGCUCAUCUGGGAACGUUCUGAUACUCACGCAACCGGGGGUCAUACUUCCUACCAGUCAACAGUUGACUUAUAAUGCUGGUAGUUUCGUUACUUUUGUGCCCAGUCAGCAAAACAUGGCUAUGAUGCAGACUCCGCAGGUUAUCAAUGCCGUGAUGGCACCCUCAAUACAUCAGAGCGAGACUGUUCAGCAGACUUCUUCGGAGCUGAAUAGGUCCCAGAAUUAUAUUCCACAGAAUGAAGAAAUACCGGACAACACAAACAGAGCAGUCAAUCCGUCGCCAAACCUCAACUCUAGUAGUGCCACGAUGAAUCACAUACAAAAUAGAGAGAUUCCCUCUCUUAUACCUAUAACCGAUAACGAAUCGAAUAAUAUCCCAACGCCUAAUAACAACACGACUAGAUCAGAAAACGCCGACGAUGAAUUCAGUCUGAUCCAUUCAAUGGUUCCCGAGUCCGUUUCUAAAGCGAUAAGUGAGGUUCUGUGUAGGCCGCCUCCCAAACUCAAACCAAGACCUCCGGGACCCUUGAGCCAAGUCUUUGACAGUGGGACUCCGAGCAGUGCAGGGCCGGUUUCUGCCAAAAUUAAUUCCAUAUCUCAUAGACUUGGCGACUAUUUCCGAGGUAUGCUCGUUGAGAUGCUGGAAGAUCUGGGCAAGGUUAAUAAUCCAGAGGCAACGAUUGCAUCUUUGAAACACGAAAUCGAGACCCUACAGCAGAAACACGCUGCCGAAAUGAUGGAUAUUAGGAAGAAUGUGUGUACGAUCUUGAAGGAUAUACAGGGGAGUAUAGUGGAGGAAAGGGAGAGGUUAAUCGACGAAACCAGGUCUGCUUGUGAAAUAGAAGCUUUAAGGAGGAUAGAGGAGGCGAAAUCGAAGCAAUGGUGUGCGAACUGUGGUAAAGAGGCACAGUUUUAUUGCUGCUGGAACACGAGCUAUUGCGAUUAUUCUUGUCAAAUUAAACAGUGGUCUAAACACAUGAGCAAAUGUACACAGCAUGCAGGGCAGUCGCAACCUGGACAAUCCCCCGCAAUCAGGCCACAAAGUCAGUUGUCUUUCAGACCUGCAACAUCCAAAGGUUUUUCUGGGAGGUUAGUGGCUAAACCAACAAAAGUAUACUUGAACAGGACAACGAAUUCAAAAGCUAUACCAACAUUCAAGGCAACACCUGGUGGACAUUUAACAUUAGUGGAUUCCUCAAAUUUGGAAAUUUUGGCAAAUACGCCAGGAACUAAGUUCAUAGCAACAAGUUCCUUAUUCACAAGGGUUAGAAAUGUGAACUCUACGGUAACAUCGCCCUCCAACGGUACAUUACAAGCAGAUAGUCCAAGUCAGAAAGUGAAAGUAUGUGGACCAGUUGUGAGGCCCUCCCCAUCUACAAGUAAUAACGCUUCUAACUUGAUAUCGGAUGAGGACAUGGAAAGUGAUUGAUGAAGUGAAAUGACAGGAAAAAGUGACAUUUUUAUGAAAUGACGUUGUUGAAAUUGUACAUAUGUGAUUAUUUUUCUUAUUGUCCAUAUUAUUAUGCCAGUAAUUUUUUUAUUUUCUGGGUUUCUGAGAUCUGCAUUAGGUUGAUUUUCUGCAUUUUCUUGUAUGAAGAAGGAAAAUAUUGAACUGUUCAUUUGCAAUAAUGCAAAAUUGUUGGUAAAUUAUAACCAUUGGCUUCUUUAAAAUGAAAUGAGAAAAUUUCUGGUAAUAUAUUGCCCCAUGUAUUUUAGUUAAGUUUUAUUAAAACAUUAGACUCAUUAUACUAUUUUACACAUUCAUUGAAAUCAUUUUCUUUAUAACUGGUUUAUUUUUAUCCAGUUAAACUAUUAAAUGAUUUUUUCCCUAAUUUGCCUACUUUGAAAUUUUCAGACUGUUCCUGUAUUCCAUAUCUUAUGUUGUAUAAAAUGUUCUAGUGUUAUUCCCAAAGCUUUCUUCUAAUAUAAGUUUAAUAUACA